AUGUUUUUCCGGAACCUAUUCCUGUCUCUCUUCGUCGUCUUCGCCGUCGGCUUCGCGCUGGCCCAGGCUGAAGAGUCCAAGGAGCCCCGUGGCCCCAAGGUCACUAGCAAGGUCUUCUUUGACAUCAAGCAUGGAGAGAAGGACCUUGGCCGCAUUGUGUUCGGUCUGUACGGCAAGACUGUUCCCGAGACUGCUGAGAACUUCCGCGCUCUGGCUACUGGCGAGAAGGGCUUUGGCUACCAGGAUUCUACCUUCCACCGCGUUAUCAAGGAUUUCAUGAUCCAGGGUGGUGAUUUCACUAAGGGUGAUGGCACUGGUGGUAAGUCGAUCUACGGCAACAAGUUCAAGGACGAGAACUUCAAGCUCCGCCACACCAAGAAGGGUCUCCUGAGCAUGGCCAACGCCGGCAAGGACACCAACGGCUCUCAGUUCUUCAUCACCACCGCCAUCACCUCUUGGCUCGAUGGCCGUCACGUCGUCUUCGGAGAGGUCCUUGAGGGUUAUGAGAUUGUCGACGAGAUCCAGAACGUCCCCAAGCACCCCGGUGACAAGCCCAAGGAGGUUGUCAAGAUCGUCAAGAGCGGCGAGCUUCCUAUCGAGCAGGAUUCCGAGGAGAAGACCGAUGGCAAGACCGAGGACAAAGAAUUCGACCAAGAGCCGGUCACUGAGCCGGUCACCGAGGCUCCCGAGACCGCCACGACAUCUUACUCCUUCCAGCCGCUUGUGAUUUUCUUCGUUCUGAUUUGUCUUGUGGGUGUCUGGAUUGCUCGUCGCCGCAGCCAGCAGCAACAACAGGAGAAGGAGCACUAUGAUGCGUAA